CAUACUAACCUUUUUACCCAGAUAUUUUGCCAUUAAGCCGCCCAAGAUAAACAAAGCCCACACCCAACCAGCUCUUCAUCAUUAUCUACAUGAUUCAAUUACAGCUUCUGUCCUAAACAAUGGAACGCACCAUUUUCACCACCACCUCCUCCUCCUCCUCUCCACUCCCUCUCAGAACGCCGUCGUCUAACCCGAUUCGCGGCUCACAAUUCCCACCAAAGCUCAAAUUAACGAGAUUAAAGCGUUCGAGCUCUCUGGGUUAUGAUCGGAAUCGUCGUUUAGUUGUAACCAACGCUUCUGGGUCCGACGGAAACGGGUCGGUUAAUGGGUUCUCUACCAACCCACACAAGAUUUUCACGGAAGAGGCAAUUGGUGCUGAAUAUGGAGAAGGCUUCGAGACUUUCAGAUCAGAUGGGCCUCUUAAAGUUGAUGUGGAUUUUCUGAAUGAAAAACUCCAAGAGGGAUUUCUUAAACGAAUCCGCUAUGCCAUGAAGCCUGAUGAAGCAUAUGGUCUUGUUUUCUCUUGGGACAAUGUGGUGUCAGAUACUCAAACAUUGAAGUUGAAAGCUUGGGAACAACUGGCUUCUGAGGAGGGAAAGGAAAUUCCUGGUGAUGGUGAUGCCCAAAGACUCUUGCUUUAUGCAGGUGCCGAUCAUGUUCUGCAUAAGAUUUUGCUUUGGGAGAAAGAGGAAAGCGAAUUGGAUAGAUUGACGUCAAGGCUAUCACAAUUGUAUUACGAAAAUCUUCUGAAACUUUCAGAACCUAUGGAUGGACUGCACCAAUGGCUAGAUGCAGUAUAUAGGUCUCACAUCCCUUGUGCAGUUGUUUCAAGUCUUGACCGUAUAAAUAUGGUUGAGGCCUUGGAGCGAAUGGGGCUCAGGAAGUAUUUCCAGGCAAUUGUGUCUGAGGAAGAUGGCAUGGAAUCCAUAGCUCAUAAGUUUCUUUCGGCAGCAGUGAAGUUGGACAGGAAACCAUCCAAGUGUGUUGUGUUUGAGGAUGACCCUAGGGGCGUAACUGCUGCUCACAACUGUACAAUGAUGGCUGUAGGAUUGAUCGGUGCUCACCCAGCGUAUGUUCUUGGGCAAGCUGAUCUUGCUGUUGCUAGCUUUAAUGAGCUUUCCGUGAUCAACCUCCGGCGGUUAUUUGCUCACAAGGGUUCCAAUUUCAUGGACAUGCAAAAGCAAAUUAUAGAGAAAACUCCUCCAAGAAGAAAGCUUACGAUUGAUACCAUUUUCUGAUUCAGUUCCCAUACUAUACACCUAAAUACCUUCUUGUAAUUAAGCUUCAGAUUACCCUCGGCUUUUCUUAUCUUUUUUUUUUUUUUAACCUGUAUUAUUUAUAGCUUUCUUAGAUUUGCCUGAGAUCAUAUGUACUAUUACAUUUGUUACUGUAUUACGGAGUAUUAAUUCUGCAGUAUCUAACUGACAAACAAUUAGAUGAAUUUAAAUGUCUGCAAACAAUUAGAUGAAUUUAAAUGUCUGCCCAUUGUGCAGUUUAACUGUUC